GCCGCACACACGCGCCCACCCAGCCACCCGGCCACCAGCCGCCAUGGGCAAGGACAGGCAGCCCCGCGGGCAGCAGAGGCAGGGGGACGCCGCCGGGCCCGACGACCCGGGGCCGAAGAAAGGCGCCGGGAGCCGCGGGCAGCGCGGGGAGGAGGAGGCCCGGACGUGCUGCGGCUGCCGCUUCCCGCUGCUGCUCGCGCUGCUGCAGCUGGCCCUGGGCGUCGCCGUGACCGUGGUGGGCUUCCUCAUGGCGAGCGUCAGCUCCUCCCUGCUAGUCAGAGCCACUCCAUAUUGGGCUGGGAUCAUUGUCUGCGUGGUGGCCUAUCUUGGCUUGUUUAUGCUUUGUGUCUCGUACCAAGUCGAUGAACGGACGUGUAUCCAGUUUUCUAUGAAACUGCUGUACUUCGUGCUGAGCGCCCUGGGGCUGGUGGUGUGCGUGCUGGCUGUGGCCUUCGCCGCCCACCACUACUCGCUGCUCACACACCUGACCUGUGAGAACGCCCCUGACUCCUGCCAGUGCAAGCUGCCGUCCUCGGAGCCACUGAGCCGGACCUUUGUGUACCGGGAUGUGACUGACUGUACCAGCAUCACGGGCACCUUCCAGGUGUUCCUGCUCGUCCAGAUGGUUCUGAACUUGGUCUGUGGCCUUGUGUGCUUGGUGGCCUGCUUUGUGAUGUGGAAACACAGGUAUCAGGUCUUUUAUGUGGGGGUCAGGAUGUGCCCCCUGUCGGCUUCCGAAGGCCAGCAGCAGAAGGUGUAGGAGUCUUGCUCAGAAUUGGGAGAGAAAAUGGCACACUGGCUAGCUGAGGUUAAAAAAAAUAUUGUUAAGGAGAAAGAGAAAACUUUUGCCAAUAUUGCUCUAAAUGAAUAUUUUUUAUAUUUUUUUUGGGAAAGAAAAGAGCAUUUCUUCAGGUUUCUAUUGUGUUUUUAAACAUUUGUAUAGGUACAACAAGAUAUACACUGAUUUGGGGGCUAUUCAAAGUCAAAAGCACACCAAACUGGGAAACAGUGGCAUAGAUCUGUCCUCACAGUCCGGGGUUUACUCUUAAUGCUCACUUUCGCCACCACUGAUAUACAGCUUUCUGGUUAAUACGGUCUGAGGUUUGUAGCGGCUGCCCCAGGUCCUUCCCGCCUCCUACCACUGUCCCCACGGAGUCUUAGAGAAAGGCAAGGUGUGGAGAAGUCACUGGGUAACCAGGCAGAAUCUCUUCGUUUCUCCUACUGGAGAUGUUGUCAAGGCCCAAAAUAUGAGCGAACUUCAAAAACCUCAUGGGAAGUGGAGUUCAAAGUUUAUUUUGCUGCCAAAAAAUUAAGAUCCACUCAUACACAGGGAUCUUCAAAAAGUUCACAGAAAAUGCAUAAUAUGGAAAAAAAAAGAUUCGUGGAUUUCAGAAUUUAGUUUGGACCAAAAUAAAGUUAUCUUUUAAUGCCAUUUCUGAAGUGCCCUCAUAGCUUGGAAAGCAGAGCAGAAAAGGAAGAGGCUUUGCAAAAAUACAAGUAAUUAUAAACACCUGGGCCAGGGCGGCGGCCGUCUCAGCUGCCUUCGCUUGGCUCCGUAAGUAGAUCACUAGCGCGGGGCUUGGCAGGGCUCUCUGCUUCUCAAUAAUUGAAAUAUGGUGGUAGUUGUAUUCUUAAUGAUGUAGAAGGUUUAAAAAUAAUUACAUUACGCUUCCAUUCUAUCAUCUACAACAAAUCAUUCAACCUAAUUUCUAGCUAAUUGUUAAUUAUAAUUAUGCUCAGAAGUCUAUUUAAUGAGCUCUGGCUGUACUUAGGCAGCUCUGUCAGUGGAAAGAGAAAUCAUUCUCAUAAGAGAAGAGGCCUAAAGAUUCUUUCUUCUGAAAGUCAAGCGUUAUAAGGGAAAACUUUUUUUUUUUUUAAUUAAUAGCUCAGGAUAAAAACACCAAUUUAAACAAAAACAAGAGCAUUUGUAAUAGGAAGUAUUUGUACAAAUAGCACGUGUGUGGCAUGUUGGAGAGUCUCUCUUUGCAGCUAAAUAGCUUUGAGGAAGGCUGGCUAAUGCAGAUGUGUUCUGUGCACAAAACUGUAUUUGCUCAUAACCCCAUUAUUGAUUCGUAGGCACAGCCAAGCCAGCGGCUCACAAUUCCGCUUUCAAGUCCUUAUUUAAGCACUGCGUCCUUUGAUUAGAGGGUAGUUUUUGUUUUGUUUUGGAGUGGCCUGACUUCAAGCCCAAGUCCCCGGUGAUGGGAGACGUCUGAACAAUAUCUUUGUUGUACAAAAGGAGCUCAAAACGGAAUUUCAUGCAGUUUCGAUGUUGUCAAGAACUUUCUCGACCAGUGUAGACAGCUGAAAGCAGAAAUUCAAGACAGCGGUUGGGCUGCACCUGCCUCUCCACACUGCCCAUCGAUACGCUUUCCUAACAGUGAAAUUCCGUAGUUAAGAGAAAGGCAUUUUCUUGUUUGCCCUGGAAGGCAGAUGAAUAAUUCCACUGAUGGUGAUAGUGGUGCCAAUCUGUAUAGCAUGGAACUUUCCAAAUUGAAAGCAAAAUGGUCAGUCGGUCAGCUGGGGGACUGCACGUACCUUGCAUGUCUUCCAGGUUAAGGACCUGAUUAACAGAUGUCACAGCCUAGGAAGGCUGUGACUCGUUUAUUGGCAGCUCAGCAGAUCAUCUCUGGAGUAGGAAGGAUCACACCCAGAAACUCCAUCGACAGGACACCAUGCCUCCUGGUGAGGACCCCAAAAUCUUUUGUGCCAAUCACUGAAUCCAUUCAGCUCUUGGAGGAGUUUCCUACGUAAGAAGAAUAUGAGAGAGAGUAAGCCAUGUUGCAGGCUGUCCCCAAAAGAGUAGGAGCAGAGCUUUAAUGCUGGCUGCCAGAAGCACAUCCUUAACACUUUCAGCCUACAGCUUUUUAUAACGGACACUGCAGGUUUUUAACGUGAGAAAAUCAGACUCCCCCCACCCUUAUGGUGCUCUAUGCUUUCCAAGUGAUUCACAGAAUAUUUCAAAUGGUAGAAUAAUUUUAACCGAUAGGCUUCUCCUUUCCAAGGAAUGCCACCAAUAAGAGCUGACUUUGAUGUUAGUAUAAUAGAGUAUGGGGUUUUGCUAUUGAUUGAUAGAAUUAUCCUUGAAUCACCAAAGAGAGAGAAAAAAGGAUUAUAAAUGAAGGAAUAAGAAAGAAAGAAGGAAGGAAGAAAGGAAGGAAGGGAGGGAGGAAGGAAGGGAGAAAAACAUCCUUUGCUGCAAGCUCAUGGUAAAUUGAUAUGUGUAAGAGUUGUGUUUCAUGAAUAACAAACUGCUUUGGGCUGGGUUUGAAGUAUUCUGAUGUUAUGUUUUGCAAAUAUUGAAGUUACAAUAACGACAACAGAAAAGGAACAGACACACAGCUUUACACUUAGCAAAAUGUUACAUUUAAAAUCUGACAAGGAGCCAAGAUGGUGAGUGUCUCCCCCAAACCAUAACACAGUCAGAAUUGCGCAAUCCUCCUCCUCUCCCACCGCCUUCGGGAGAAGUAAGUGAAUCAAGGCUCUGGAAGGCGGAGGAGCAGCCGGGACUUGGCAGCACUUGAAAUGGGAGGAAUACAGCAGCCCAAACGUACAGACUUUGCAAGCGAGCGGCCCGAUCGGGCUGUGCUCUCACGUGACAGCCAUCUGUACCUCCCUGGCUCGGUCCAAACGUGCGUAGGCCGCUCCUUGGAGCCAGGCCUAAAAAUAUAGCUGCACCAGGGCCCUAGAAACUGUAGUCAAGUAACAGGCCAAACUUUCCCCCCCUUUUUGGAUGAGAAAUGUGUAUGAUCUCUUCUGAGAGCCUUCCAGCUGCACACAUCUGUGUAUGGUUCUGACAGGGAGGACCCAUUAUAUAUGUGUUUUCCUUUCAUGUGCAGCACAUGAGAGUCUUUUCAUGUUCUUGCGCUUCCCUUCUUGCAUGCAGCCUCUCUGGAAAAUGUUGAUCGACUUUUAGUGACGGGUGGGAUGGAGGGUGAUCGGGGGAGACGCUGAGGACAGCGGCCCAGUGGUUACUGAGAGACGCAGAAAUGAGCUUGGAAGUCGCCUUGCAGAGCCAAUCACGUGCUGUCACAAAACAGACUUUUGCAUCGUCUAGCGACUGCCCAGAACUACUGCUGCGUAGCCAUACACUUCUGCAAAUCGGGCUGGCUAGCAUUCCUCACAGACUCAAAACUCUAUCUAAUGUUUUAGAUGACACCGCGUCCAGGGUAGCGUUCAAAAGAACCGAUGGCCAGAUAGUCUGACCACAGUGGAAACAUUCGUUUGGAUGAAGACUUCGUGGUUUAGCCUUUGAAAUGGAUACCCUGGUUCACGUCUUCUGCUUUUCUCGUACUCUAUUAUCUUGAAUGGUGAUUCUCCCCCUCGAAACUGCUGGUCAGGAUCUUGGUGUUGUGGUUCCAUCUGUCUGGCACUGAUCAAAUAGCGAGAGGAAAACAAAGUAUUCUGACAUGUUUGAGGUGGUUGUGUUUCAAGAGUAUGUGGAUAGCGCAGAGUUUCUUUAUUAAUAAAAUUCUUGUAAU